AUGGUUGGGAAGGAAGAACAGCAGUCUUCAGCUAUACGUUCAAAGUUAUCGAGUGAUCCUUCUGCUAGUGCCUUGAUGCUAAGUAUUAUUCGAACUUUAACUAAUGCUUCUUCGAGUGACCAAAAACAGAGUGAUUGCCAGCGUCUAGAAGCAGGAUUCAAGGAAUCAUCUCAUUCUAUGGAUAAACUUGUGCAAAAGCAUGAAAAUGAUGUUGGGACAUGUUUGGAUUCAUUUAAAAAAGUAUCAACACGAAUCACAAAAAGAAUCCAUAGUGUUCGUGCUGGAUUAAUGACAUGUCGAUCACUUUUGCAAUGUAGGCGGGACGAUUUAAAACGACUGUGGACAGAAAACGCACAACAACGCCAUAUAAGCAAUGUUCUGGCACAAAUAGAACAGCUAAAAAAAAUCGAAAACAGUGUCGAUGAAACGGUUGCCAAAGGGAACUAUUUAUUGGCAGCAAAUCUUCUAAGUGAAGCUGGUGAGCGAACAUCUAAUUUGCUGGAAAUCAUCAAGUCUCUGCCGGAGAAUAAAGUUAUAGAAUCGCGUGAAUGUAUAGCUGUUUUAAAUGCAUUUUCGGAUUCGAAUCGAGUAGAUCAAAAAUCAUUUUCACUUUCAAAUUCAAAUUCAGAUAAUAUAUCAGAUCAUUUAAGUCAAAAUAUCCAAGCUCUUUGUGUUUUCAAAAAUUUAUACUCAACUUUAUCGCAUUUUAUUCAAUUGAUGCCAACGAUGCUGCUUAGACAAAUUCAUAUAACUGCUUCAGUUGUAUGUAAUGCAUUCAGCAAUAGUGCUAAAGGUGAUGUCGAAAAUCUUACGCAUUAUCUGAAUUUGAUAUUGAAUCAGUUGAAGAGUAGUUACAUUGUUCACUGUGCAUUAGAUGAUGGUCUAAAGAAGUUGACGGUUGAAGAAGCUGGUAAUGAUGAGAAUUUCAUUCUGCUUUCGUCAAAAUUUUGGGAAAUGGCGCAGGAUGCUAUUGAGAAAGUUGUUGUUGAAUAUGUACAAAUAAAUAGUAUUAAUCCUACUAUUUCUCAGAAGAGAUCGAAUACGGGUGAAAAGUUUUCAUUGUUUAAAUUUGAUGCUUCAGCUUGUGCUGCAUCAGUGCGCAACCGUCAGUCUUCUAAAAAGAUGCAAUUGGCCAUCUGUGAGCCAUCACCAUGGAAUAUAACAGUGCUAUAUCCGCUUCUUGAGAAAUUUUGCUGUGAACGGGAGGCGGAAUCUGGUGAAAAACCAUGCAAAUUACGCAAAUUCCUUCAUUCCUUUAUAAUAGAUGUAUUUAUCGAUCGAUUUAAAAAUAAACUGGAACUACUAGCAGAGCAAGCGUUACAAGGUCGGGAUGCUUGGCGACUUGUUCAUUAUCCCAGUCCGAAAGUUCUUGCUAGCUGUUAUAAUAUGUUCGUGGUUUGCGAAGAAAUUGGUAAACUUAUUCAAACGAUGGAAAAUUAUACGGAACGGCUCUCUGCUCUUUGGCUUCUAGUCAUUGAUGAAUUUGCUAAAAGCACUAUGUCAGUUUAUGAAAAGAUGUUGCAUUCGAACGAUGAAGAAGAGAAAGAUCGCAGAAAAAUAAGUGCUGCUUGGGCUGUUGAUGAAGACAUUUCCCGUUUAUUAAAAAGCUUACCUAAUUGGUUUGCUGUAAGUCACCAUGAAGCCACUCCAACUCCUUCUGCCACUACGCCUACUGUUCUUCUACCAGCUAAUGAAAGUGAAAGUGAAAUACGUCAACGAAAUGAGCGUGAAUCAGAAAUUCUUAUCGGGAAUUUGGGAACAGCUAAACAACUCGUUCGGGACGAAUUGAUAACGGACAUGGAGCUGAUUUCUUCCUUGGCUUGUAUGCAUGAUUCUUUAAAAUGGUUUUGUACCAGUAUGCGAACGCUUAUUUCUACACUUCCUGAUUCGUGUAGACGUUCGAUGCGCAAAUGCAUUAUUCAAAUUCAGAAUUCUUCGAAAAAUUCGAAAACUCAACAAGAAAGCAUAUAUGCCGCAGUUGAGCGACGUUUGGCUGAACUGGAUUCGACUGCUGACACAUGUCUGUUAAUUAUUCAUCUCGAGCUUAGAGUUCAUUGUUUUUUCCAUCUGUUGCCAUUGGCUCGAACUCGCUCUUCAUUACCGCAUGAUGAACUGGACAAUGAGGUAAUUGAUCUGGGCCGUGAUUUAACACAUUUCCACCAAGCUCUUCAUUCCUGUCUUCCUCCUCAUAAGAUGAAAUACCUUUUCGACGGCCUUGGCCACCUGUCUGCUUCAAUAUUUAUACAUUCAAGUCAGCACAUGCAAAAAUUGACGGAAAAUGGAAAAAAACGAGUCUGCCGAAAUAUUUUUGCUGUUCAACAACGACUAAGUCAUCUAACAGGUCGUCGAGAAAGUGAAUUAGAACGCGCACGAGCAUUUUUUGAACUACUAAAUCAUGAUCCUGACCAGUUGCUUGCGCUUAUACUUGAACGUGGUGCCGUUUUUUCUCAUCUUGAAUAUACUUAUCUGCUAGCGCUUGCUAUAAGAUCGCAUCCGAUUUUAAGUGCUCAACCAGGUGCGUUGGAACAAAGAAUAUCGCAACUCAAACAAAUAUUAUCUCAGAUCAAGAAGUCAUGA